AAACUACAGUUUUAUGAAGACAGGCACCAGCUUCCUGCCCCCAACUGGACAGAACUAGCAAACCUUAUAAACAACUGUAUGGAUUAUGAGCCAGAUUUCAGGCCUUCAUUUAGAGCAGUUAUACGUGACUUGAAUAGUUUGUUCACUCCAGAUUAUGAGCUUUUAACAGAAAGUGAUAUGUUGCCAAAUAUGAGAAUUGGAGCACUUGGAUUUUCUGGUGCUUUUGAAGAUCGUGACCCAACACAAUUUGAAGAGAGACAUCUUAAGUUUUUACAGCAACUUGGCAAGGGAAAUUUCGGCAGUGUUGAGAUGUGCCGCUACGACCCACUGCAGGAUAAUACGGGGGAGGUGGUGGCUGUGAAAAAGCUGCAACAUAGCACAGAAGAGCACCUUCGGGACUUUGAAAGAGAAAUUGAAAUUCUUAAAUCUCUGCAGCACGAUAACAUUGUUAAAUACAAAGGAGUAUGCUACAGUGCAGGUCGUAGGAAUCUAAGAUUAAUUAUGGAAUAUUUACCAUAUGGAAGUUUACGAGAUUAUCUGCAGAAACACAAGGAGAGGCUGGACCACAAGAAGCUUUUGCUGUAUGCAUCUCAGAUAUGCAAGGGCAUGGAGUAUCUGGGCACAAAAAGAUAUGUUCACCGGGAUUUAGCAACAAGGAAUAUCUUAGUGGAGAAUGAGAACAGAGUUAAAAUUGGAGAUUUUGGAUUGACAAAAGUCUUGCCACAAGACAAAGAAUACUACAAAGUAAAGGAACCUGGUGAAAGCCCUAUAUUUUGGUAUGCUCCAGAAUCUCUGACAGAAAGCAAAUUUUCUGUGGCCUCAGACGUGUGGAGUUUUGGUGUUGUCCUAUAUGAACUCUUCACAUAUAUUGACAAGAGCAAAAGUCCACCAGCUGAAUUCAUGCGCAUGAUUGGCAAUGAUAAACAAGGGCAGAUGAUUGUAUUUCAUUUGAUAGAGCUUUUGAAGAAUAAUGGACGUCUGCCAAGGCCAGAUGGAUGCCCUGAUGAGAUUUAUGCCAUCAUGAAAGAAUGCUGGAACAACAAUGUUACCCAGCGCCCCAGCUUUAGGGAUCUUGCUCAGCGAGUGGAUCACAUAAGGGACAACAUGGGUGGAUGAGAAGACUGUCCCUCCUUCAAACAAUGUGUUGGAAUGCAGAACAAAACAUACUUGGUCUGCUGUGUAUAAUUGACAUAUGCAUGACAUGUGUAUCUCGUCUUAGCUGAAUGUAAAAUCUGUGUGGCAAAGUUCCUAUCUUAAUCUGCAUAAUGAGGAAUCCUGCUGGUUUUCUUUAUCAGG